AUUUCUUUUUGUCCCUUUGAAACAAAAGAAGAUCCAAAGAUGAGUGAAGAAGCAUAUGAAGAAACUCAGGAAUCGAGUCAAUCUCCUCGUCCAGUUCCAAAACUGAACGAGAGGAUUCUCUCAACACUAUCCAGGAGAUCAGUAGCUGCACAUCCAUGGCACGACCUUGAGAUUGGUCCUGAAGCUCCACUGGUCUUCAAUGUGGUGGUUGAGAUCACAAAGGGAAGUAAAGUGAAAUAUGAACUCGACAAAAAGACCGGUCUUAUCAAGGUUGAUCGGAUCUUGUACUCGUCCGUUGUUUAUCCUCACAACUACGGAUUCAUCCCCAGGACAUUGUGUGAAGACAAUGAUCCUCUUGAUGUUCUUGUCCUUAUGCAGGAACCAGUGCUUCCCGGAUGUUUCCUCCGUGCUAGAGCCAUUGGAUUAAUGCCCAUGAUUGAUCAGGGAGAGAAAGACGACAAAAUCAUCGCCGUAUGUGCUGAUGAUCCAGAGUACAAACAUUUCACAGACAUCAAACAACUCGCUCCUCAUCGUCUCUCUGAAAUCCGCCGUUUCUUCGAAGAUUAUAAGAAGAACGAGAACAAAAAAGUGGCUGUCAACGAUUUCUUGCCAUCAGAGAGUGCACAUGAAGCAAUUCAGUACUCCAUGGAUCUAUACGCUGAGUAUAUUCUCCACACGUUGAGGAGAUGAACAACGACAACCACCACAUUAUUUUUCUUUACGCGAAAGAGAUGAUUCUUCGCAGCAUCCGCAUAUAAUUAUUUCAAA